UGUAAUCUUCUAGGUGAAAUUUUGUCCCUUUUUAUGUCCCAAAAUAUUAACAAAAAAUCGUGGAUGAAAAAGACCAGCUAGGGUUUCGAAGCCACCAAGCUUCGAUCCAGGGUUUCCGUUGGUCCUUUUCGAUCCAAUUCGAGAAAUCGAAGUUGGGUUUGUGAAGCUUGGGGAAAUAGCCCAAAUUUCAGUUUUUAGGUUUCUAGGGGAAGAGUUAGGGUUAGGGUUUGUGAAAAGAUGAGAUCAUCUUUGGUGGUUUAGGGGAGCUACGGAGUGACUGUGUCCAUGCCGACCUUCACUGCGAUUGCCCUGGAUAGUCUAUUGGAGCAGGGAUCUAGAAACCCUAACCCUAAGCCACCGCCGGCUCCGGCGAGGGUUCAGAGGCAACUCAGUGCACCCCCAAAUCCAGUUUCUGAGAAGAAGACGAUCCCUUCUCGGCCUUCUCACGCCGUUUCCCCAACCCUUUACACAACCCCGGAAGUAACCCCGCUGCCCGAUUCCCCUUCGUCGUUCCCGCCUUCGCCUUACAUUAUCAACCACAAGCGCCGUGGGCCCCGGCUCCUCAAGAGCUUCUCCCAAAGUGAUGUCUUAGGCGAUGAAUCCAAAGCCACCAAUCUUGAACGCAAGGUUGAAGCCCCAACUGUAAGCUCUGGGGACGGAGGAGAAUCUAAAAUUGGGAAUUUGGAAGUAGUCAUGGGGAAUGGAGAGCAUGUCAAUUUGGAAAAUGGGGUCAACGGAGGAGAGAAAGAGCAGAUGAGUUUGGUUGUGGAAGUUGAAAGAGAUGCGGAGUUGGAUGAAUUCGUUGAUUUUCUAGAUUCGAUGAGUACAUCGAGUAAUGCCGAGAUGGAUGAAGGCAGUUUGGGAGAGCGCUCAUGGAAGCCAGGUACUCCUGUUGGGGAGUAUUAUGAUGCAUUUGAAGAGAUCUCCAGUGAUGGCACAAGAUCAUCAUGUCGAAAUGUCAUAGAAGAUGAACUACGUGAGAUGAGGCUCAAUCUUUUAAUGGAAAUUGAGAAGAGGAAGCAAGCAGAGGAAGCCCUUGAGAACUUGCAAAGCCAGUGGCAGAAUCUUAGACAGCAUCUAUCACUUGUGGGUUUGACACUUCCUACCCUCCCAGCGAUCACAGAUGAGACUGUAGAACAACCAAAUCUUGAUCCUGCAGAGGGGUUAUGCCAGCAAAUUGUCAUUGCUCGCACUGUGGCUAGUUCUAUUGGGAGGGCAUGUUCGCGGGCAGAGGUCGAGAUGGAGGUGGAACCACAAAUUGAGGCUAAGAAUUUUGAGAUUGCCAGGCUUUCAGAUCGUCUACAGUACUAUGAAGCUGCAAACAGGGAGAUGUCACAAAGAAACCAGGAAGCCAUGGAGAUGGCACGACAACAGCGUCACCGGAGGAAGAGAAGGCAGAGAUGGAUAUUGGGCUCAAUUGGUGUCGCUGUAACUCUUGGAGCAGCAGCAAUUGCAUGGUCUUAUACUCCUGCUUCAAAGCCCUCACCCCAUGAAGGUGAAAGCCAUGGAGAUUAAAUUCUAGUACUUAUCCUAGUGAGUAUCCAUCCUUAAUAAUAUCAAGGGAUAUAUCCCACUAGCUUAGACAUCCAUAACACAUGCGAGGUUGCUCAACUGACUGGCGAUCUGCUAUACAAAAUUUCUCCCCUUUUCAAAAUUUACCCCCCAUGUAUAAAUUGGCCUUCUUACGAGGGCUUCUCCCCUCUAAUUUUGUUGGUUAUGCAAAUAACACUAUGGAGGAAACUACAGUUUUCCUGUUGUUUUUACAUUGUGAUAUCUACGCUCUGGUGAAUUUUGGCAACAGGUGAGUGAAUUUUGGAUGACAUUUUGUUCUGUGACGGUCAUGUAUGAUGAAGCCAACUGCAUUUGUAUUGUUUAUUUAUUAUUUGAUCUAGAAAACAAGGGCAAUCUUCCA